GGCGGGGCCGCGCGGGGAGAAAGAGACUGGAAGACGGCGGGGCGGGGAGCGGCGCGCGCCGGCCGCGGCCGAGCAGAAGGCUGCGAGAAGAGCCCGCGGGGGCCCGGGGGUGCAAUUCCUCUGCCCCCGCAAAACAAUGUGUGGCGUGCAGCAGGGCGCAACUUGCCGGAGGCGGCGGGGGCGCGCCGAGCCCGCCUGAGACCGCGCCGCUGACCUUCUCCCCCCGCCGUCCGUUGGGCCCAAGCACCCAGCUCCUCGCUCCCCAUCUCGCGGGGGCCGGGCCGAGCUGCGGGGCGGGGCCGCCCCUCCGUCGCUGCUGCCUCCUCCCCCACCCCCAGCCGCGGAGGAUGCGGACGGCCCCCGGCGGCGUCUAGCGGCCCCGGGCCCAGGCACGAUGGUGCAGCAGCGGGGCGCGAGGGCCAAGCGGGACGGCGGGCCGCCGCCCCCGGGGCCCGGGCCGGCUGAGGAGGGGGCGCGUGAGCCCGGCUGGUGCAAGACCCCGAGCGGCCACAUUAAGAGACCGAUGAACGCGUUCAUGGUGUGGUCGCAGCACGAACGGCGGAAGAUCAUGGACCAGUGGCCCGACAUGCACAACGCCGAGAUCUCCAAGCGCCUGGGCCGCCGCUGGCAGCUGCUGCAGGACUCGGAGAAGAUCCCGUUCGUGCGGGAGGCGGAGCGGCUGCGCCUCAAGCACAUGGCGGAUUACCCGGACUACAAGUACCGGCCGCGCAAAAAGAGCAAGGGGGCGCCCGCCAAGGCGCGGCCCCGCCCCCCCGGCAGCGGCAGCAGUGGCAGUGGCGGCAGCCGGCUCAAGCCCGGGCCGCAGCUGCCUGGUCGCGGGGGCCGCCGAGCGGCGGGAGGGCCUUUGGGGGGCGGCGCGGCGGCGCCAGAGGACGACGACGAGGACGACGAGGAGGAGCUGCUGGAAGUGCGCCUGGUCGAGACCCCCGGGCGAGAGCUGUGGAGGAUGGUCCCGGCAGGGCGGGCCGCCAGGGGACCAGCGGAGCGUGCCCAGGGGCCGUCGGGCGAGGGGCCGGCUGUCACCGCCGCCUCCCCGACUCCGUCGGAGGACGAGGAGCUGGAGGAAGAGGAGGAGGAGGUAGCGGCAGCGGAGGAAGGCGAAGAGGAGACGGUGGCGUCGGGGGAGGAGUCGCUGGGCUUUCUGUCCAGAAUGCCCCCUGGCCCCGCCGGCCUGGACUGCAGCGCCCUGGACCGCGACCCGGACCUGCCACCCGCCUCGGGCACUUCGCACUUCGAGUUCCCGGACUACUGCACCCCUGAGGUUACCGAGAUGAUCGCAGGGGACUGGCGCCCGUCUAGCAUCGCCGACCUGGUUUUCACCUACUGAGCCCACCGUCAGCGGGGCGCGCACGCCCCCAAACCAGCUGUUUACAUACAGGAAUCAGGUAUUGGGGCCCCUCGGAGGCCGAGGCUGGCACCCCAUCUCCCGCGCAGCCUCCCCCCUCCUAGACGUGCCCAUCCCCCCAAAUGCAGACAUGCCCCUCCCCCGCAGACACACCCCAAGGCAGCCCAACCCCCAUCCUUUCCCCGACAUCCAAGCUCCUCCCCAUCUUGCCCCCUCCCGCACAGCCACCAGCAGCCAGCCCCCCUCCGAUACACCUCAUGUCCUCUUCUAGAGACCUGUACCCCUCCCCCAUUUUGCACACGCCCCUCCUCGUGGCCGGAGGACACGCCCCUGCCCUUGCUCCGGACUCCCUCCGCCUCCGCCUAGCCGGCCUCUUCCCUUGUUUAGAGGGGCGCUGCAGCUGGGCGGCCCCGCGCCCUCCUCCCAUGCCCCUCCCUCUCGGGGAGGGGGAGGGGCACGCUCCUUUUUCCCCCUGGAGCGCUGGGACCCGCCCCCUUCUCGCGCAUGCUUAAUGCUUCUUGGGAGGAGGGGGCUGGUCCGGGACGAACCGCACGCCUCUGUCAGUCGCUCCGGGAAGAAGAGGGGCGGAUAUAGAGCGAUCCUGAGAAAUCUUUUGAUCCAGGAGCCACGGCUUCCUUUCAGCCCGACGGGGCGUCACUGCCUUAAUGGGAGGAGCACUCGGAAGGGGGAGAAAGAGACAAGCCGGCCCGAAAGGGUUGGUUUGGAGCUUGGAACUCUCCCAAGUGGCAUAGCCCCUUUUACCUUACGGGGUCUCCCAGACCCACGUGCACCCCCACCCCCACACACCGACUGCUUGACUGCCUCUACAGCCUAUCUUGGUUCCCAGAAACGUCCCUUUCUUUCCCUCACCUGGGAAUUGGGGUCUUUCUUGGGAAAACCCUUCACGAGAGGAAAAGAAAACUCAGAACUGGGACAUGUAGCAGUUCGUUUGGGGACAGGGUCCUUUUGCUCCCCACCCCCCGGAAGUGCCGUAUCGUAUCAGGGCACAUUCCCCACUUGGGCUUCUUCCCCAAGCCCCUUACUUUCACCCAGGUCCCUCUGCCUCCAGUGACAGUAUUCAGUGGGAGAAUCUGAGACACAAUGGUACUGUGGGGUUGAGACUGAGGUAUGAUAGCCGAUGGAGUAACAAGACGAGCCCCACUUUAAAGCACCCGGCUUGAGAGAGACCAUCGACUGGGCCAGUGAGACUGAAGGGAGUGUCAGAGUAGUGGUGGGCCAUUUGCGCCUAGCGCUGCUAUAGGAGGAAGAUAUGUCCAGUUCGGGGUGCUCUCCGAAACCCUGCCCCUGAUGCUGUUACCCCUCAUACUCCAGCUCCCUGUUAAAGCCCUGCCCCUCCGGCCUCCCCACGCCCCCUUUGCCCUCACUACCUGUAUCUCACCGGCGUGUGUCCACCCUCCCGGGUGUGCACACACUCUCAUUCACACACACACAAAUCUCAGGAACAAACGGUCCCAGAGUCCUCCGGGACCCCUGCCCAGGGUCUCUGCAGGUCUCUGCCCCACGCGUUCCCGUCGCUGACAAAGCCACCAGCUGCCUCCUUUAAGCUUGGUGCUCCGGCUCUGGGCCUUUUCGCGCGCACGCGCGCGCGCUCUCUUUCUCUCUCUCUUUUUUUUUUUUUUUAAGAAAAACAAAAAAGACAAUGAAAAAUCCCAGAAAACGUCAUGUGAGUGAAAAGAUGUCACUGUCUGUGGUCUUGGAGAACUAGUCUUGUAGCUGAGGGGAGGGGUCCCUCUGAUCUGGGGCACUGGCCCCACAGCAGGACUUCUGCCAGGACUGAAUAAAGUGUAUUUGCCCCA